AUCGAACCAAACCCUACACCGCGGCGGCAGCUAUAUAAAAGCCAUCUCCCGACCCGUGCGCUAGGGUUCUUCGUUCCUCCCACUCGCCGCCGCCGCCGCCGCCUCCCCAGCACCAGGCGCUCCAGCACCCGGAGCUCGCCCUCCCGCCGCCCACCAUGAUCAUCCCCAAGAAGAACCGCAAUGAGAUCUGCAAGUACCUCUUCAAGGAGGGCGUGCUCUAUGCCAAGAAGGACUACAACCUGGCGAAGCACCCGCAGAUUGAUGUGCCCAACCUCCAGGUGAUCAAGCUCAUGCAGAGCUUCAAGUCCAAGGAGUACGUCAGGGAGACCUUCUCCUGGCAGUACUACUACUGGUACCUCACCAACGAUGGCAUUGAGCACCUCCGCAACUACCUGAACCUCCCGUCUGAGAUCGUGCCUGCCACGCUCAAGAAGUCUGCCAGGCCACCGGGCCGCCCAUUCGGCUCUGGCCCUCCUGGUGACCGCCCACCAAGGGGCCCAGGUCGUUUUGAAGGCGACAGGCCAAGGUUUGGUGACAGGGAUGGGUACCGUGGUGGUCCUCGUGGUGCUCCUGGUGACUUUGGUGGUGACAAGGGUGGAGCUCCUGCUGAGUUCCAGCCAUCUUUCAGGAGUUCUGGUGGCAGGCCUGGGUUUGGACGUGGUGGCGGCAGUGGCUUUGGUGCUGGCCCGACCUCUUCUUCCAUGGAGUGAAGUUGCCCUUAGUUUGGACAUGAUGUUUCUGUUCGCGUGAUGCGUUUAAAUUUUGAAGGACAGCUAUUAUGUACUAGUAAUGUUAUCCGGAUCGGCCAGUGCUGACAAUAUGCAAAAAGAAUUGGUCCAUCGUAAUACAUUGGUUCCAGUAUAAUAGUCUUUGCAAAACGUUUGUGUUUUCAAGUCAGUACCUUUUUCGCUAA